GGAGGAGGACGAAGAAGAAGAGGUCAAGGACUCCACGUGCCGAAGGAGGCUGCCCCGGGAAGAGCCGACAGUUUAUCACAUGGAUGUUCUAGACUACCAUUUCUUCACAUCGGAAUCCUUGUAAGGUGUGCUGUGGAGUAAAACAAAACAUGGCCAAGGUGAUCAAAAUGUUUCAAACCCUUAGAAACAAUUGGAAGAAGACUACUGUUGGGAUCGGCCUGCUCACCUGGGGAGGAAACUGGCUGUAUGGAAAGCACUGCGAUAACCUGCUAAGGAGAGCUGCGUGCCAAGAAGCCCAGGUAUUUGGUGAUGAGAUUAUUCUUCCGCAUGAGCAGAUAAAGAAAGCAACGGUAUUUCUCAACCCUGCAGCUUGUAAAGGCAAAGCCAGAAGCCUUUUUGAAAAGAAUGCAGCCCCGAUUCUACACUUGUCUGGGCUGGAUGUGACUGUUGUAAAGACAGAUUAUGAAGGACAAGCGAAGAAGCUGUUGGAGCUGAUGGAAAACACAGACAUUAUCAUUAUUGCAGGAGGAGAUGGGACCGUGCAGGAGGUAAUAACUGGACUUCUCCGAAGGGCAGAUGAGGCAGCUUUCAGUAAGAUCCCUAUAGGAUUCAUUCCCCUUGGGAAAAGCAGCACCUUGAGUCACACACUUUAUCCGGAGAGUGUAAGCCAAGUCCAACACAUCAUUGAUGCCACGCUGUCCAUUUUGAAAGGAGAAACUAUCCCAGUUGAUGUAUUACAGAUAAAGGGAGACAAAGACCAGCCUGUGUUUGCCGUAACGGGGUUGCGAUGGGGCGCUUACAGAGAUGCAGGGGCGAAAGUCAGCAAGUACUGGUACCUUGGGCCUCUGAAAACUAAAGCAGCCCACUUUUUCAAUACAUUAAAGGGCUGGCCUCAGAAGCAUCCAGCCUCCCUCGCCUAUUUGGGCCCAACUCCAAGGCCUCCAGAAGAGCCAGAACAGAAGACUGGGAGACCCCCUUUAUAUAUCAGGCUUUACAAGAGGCUCGCACAAUACUGGGCACCGACCGUAAAAGAAAUCCCCAAGGAGGUGACCCCUGAGGCCUGGGAAGACACACAGCUGUCUGCGAUUGAAUUCUCCAUCACCACUCAGAACAGAUGCCUUGACCUGAAACGCACUGAAGACUUCAUGAAUAUUUGCAUUGAGCCAGAUACAAUCAGUAAGGGAGAAUACAUAAAAAGAGGAAGCCAAAAGAUGCUGGACCCUCACUUAUGUCCGGAAGGAAGCCAGUGUCUUCAGGCCAGCAGGUGUAUCUUACAGCUUCCAGAGGAUACAGGAGGCUCCUUGGCUAUAGACAAUGAGGAGUAUGAAGCCAUGCCCGUGGAAGUCAGGCUGUUACCCAGGAAACUCCGGUUCUUCUGUGACUCCAGGAAAAAAGAGCAAAUGCUUCAAGGUGCAUCGUAGCCAGAGCAGAAGUCACUUGUUAUUGCAAGUGAUUUUUUUCUUAAGCUGAAAGUACUCAAAACAAUGCUAAAGCAGCAGCUGAAAAGUUUAUAUGCUCUUUCUGAAACAGUGAAAGCGGUUGAAGUCUGGUUGUGUGUAACCAGCUGUCAGGCUCCUAGGUUGUCUUAAAAAUGGCUGAAGAUAAAGGGAUCAGAGAUGACUGCGGCAGAAUACAAGGCAGAUGCAUGAACAUUUUCUGAAACCUGACUGUCCAGUACUGUGUAAGUGAAGAAUGUUUUUCCAAUGAAAGUGCUAUUUGGACUUGUUUGGUGUUCCAUAGUGCGUUUCCUUUGUUUGGAUACUUGACAUCCAUACACCCUUCUGAAAUCUGCACACGUUCCUAGGGUUAUGCUGCAGUGAUGCAUAUUUCUGUCUAGACAAAGUGAAAUUCAAAGCCCUGUUAUACUGAUAGACAGGUUGUCUGCCUCUAGCAUGUUCUCGCCUUCUAUGUCUGGCUCUGCAGGCAGAGGUCUCUUGUAACCCUGCCAUCCAAGGUGGUUUUAAUGAAAGUUGAAACAAAGUUAGGACUUUGCCCACACACAAAGGCUGUAUACUACCUGUGACGUCCUCCUUAUUAGGGAGGACUAGUUUCCCUUUAAAAGUUUUCUUUAUUUCGCUUUACUGAGUAGAAUCUGC